GGUGGUGGUGGUAGUAGUGGCGGUGGUGGUGGUGGUGGUGGUGGUAGUAGUAGUAAUAGUAAUAGUGGUGAGUGGGAGCAAACUGCGCGAAGCUAGUUCGUGGUUGAAAGCUGCAACGAAGCGCGAGGUGUGCAGAGUUGCAGCAGGAAAUUAUGAAGCGUAUAAAGAGCGCUCCGUUGGCCGCCGCUUGUCAUAGCUGCCGGUGAAUGUGUGAUCCGGGGGCAGCAGAGAUCCACCGUAAUGACGACCGAAGAGACGACCGAGCAGCCCCCGGUAGACGACUGCCUGAAGGAACGGAAAUGGUGGUGCUUCCUGCUGUCGAGCAUCUUCACUUUCCUUGCCGGGCUGCUGAUCGUACUCCUCUGGCGUGCGUUCGCCUUCCUCUGCUGUCGCAAGGAACCCGAAUUCGCUCCAAAUGACCCGAAACAGAAAGAGCAAAAGACGAGCCGUCAGGGCAAGGAGUUCGAGGGGACUUUUAUGACCGAGGCCAAAGACUGGGCCGGUGAACUGAUUUCUGGACAAACCACCACUGGACGUAUUUUGGUGGUGUUAGUUUUCAUUCUCAGUAUAGCAUCGCUUAUAAUAUACUUCAUCGAUGCCUCUAGCGAAGAGGUGGAACGUUGCCAAGAGUGGAGCAACAACAUUACUCAGCAGAUAGACUUAGCUUUCAAUAUAUUUUUUAUGGUCUACUUUUUUAUACGCUUUAUCGCCGCCAGUGAUAAGCUGUGGUUCAUGCUGGAGAUGUAUUCGUUCGUGGACUACUUUACGAUACCACCGUCCUUCGUGUCGAUAUAUCUCGAUCGGACGUGGAUCGGACUGAGGUUCCUUCGAGCCCUACGACUGAUGACGGUCCCUGACAUUCUCCAGUACCUAAACAUUCUAAAGACAUCGAGUUCCAUUCGUCUCGCCCAACUUGUAUCGAUCUUCAUCUCCGUCUGGUUAACAGCUGCUGGCAUCAUUCAUUUGCUUGAAAACUCAGGGGACCCGUUCGAGUUCACGAACCCUCAACAGCUUUCGUACUGGACCUGCGUCUACUUUCUCAUCGUGACGAUGUCCACGGUAGGAUAUGGCGACGUUUACUGCCAGACGGUCCUCGGCCGCACAUUCCUAGUAUUUUUUCUACUCGUCGGUUUGGCCAUAUUCGCCAGUUGUAUCCCCGAGAUAAUUGACCUGAUCGGGACGCGAAACAAGUAUGGCGGCACUUUGAAGAACGAGCGAGGUCGCAGACAUAUUGUCGUGUGUGGCCACAUCACCUACGAAUCAGUCUCGCACUUCCUCAAGGACUUCUUGCACGAGGACCGCGAGGACGUCGAUGUGGAAGUUGUCUUCUUGCAUAGGAAAGAGCCAGAUCUCGAAUUGGAGGGUCUCCUGAAGAGGCAUUACACGACCGUGGAGUUUUUUCAGGGCACUAUGAUGAAUGCUGUGGACCUGGAGCGUGUCAAGGUCCACGAGGCAGACGCGUGUUUGGUUCUGGCGAACAAGUACUGUCAAGAUCCAGAUGCGGAAGACGCAGCAAACAUCAUGCGUGUCAUCUCCAUCAAGAACUAUUCGGAUGACAUUCGCGUUAUCAUUCAAUUAAUGCAAUAUCACAACAAGGCCUACUUACUAAACAUUCCAUCAUGGGACUGGAAACAGGGCGACGACGUGAUUUGCCUGGCCGAGUUGAAGCUGGGCUUCAUCGCACAGUCCUGUCUAGCGCCGGGUUUCAGCACGAUGAUGGCCAAUCUUUUCGCCAUGCGUUCCUUCAAGACGUCACCCGAUAUGCAGGCUUGGCAGAAUGACUACCUUCGUGGAACUGGAAUGGAGAUGUACACCGAAACACUGAGCCCUACCUUCAUUGGAAUGCCCUUUGCCAAAGCCACUGAGUUAUGCUUCACGAAGUUGAAGUUAUUGCUGUUGGCAAUCGAGAUAAAGGGCGAAGGAGGUGGCGACAGUAAGAUAUCAAUUAAUCCACGUGGUGCCAAGAUCGUAGCAAAUACUCAGGGAUUCUUCAUUGCUCAAUCUGCCGACGAAGUGAAGCGGGCGUGGUUCUAUUGCAAAGCAUGCCACGAGGAUAUAAAAGACGAAACUCUGAUCAAGAAGUGCAAGUGCAAAAAUUAUGUGGGGAUGAUGAUGAUGCAGACCGGCAUGGUGAAGGGAAACACUGCCUACAGCAGUUACCUCGACGUGGCCACAUUCCGGAAAGGCGUGCGAGCUGUUCAAAUGGUUGGAAGAGCAAGUGAAGACUUCUCGUAUGCAAACGACCACCAUCCUCCCCCCACAUUCACUCCGCCAGAACUGCCCAAGAUGGUUCACGUAAGAGGUGAGAUCAGUCGUGACCGAGAAGAUCCAAACGCGAUGAGAAAUCACCGGAAUUCCGUCGGGAUGACCAUGAUGAAUUCAACGAAACAAGUGAAUAAGGUGAAACCGAAUGUGAAUCGAGCGACAAAUGACAGUUUAUCCAGUCCAAAUCAACCGUACAAUCAGAGAUCGCAAGAGGAGUCCGCAUACCCUGGCUACCAUCUCGCCUACGAAGUCAAAAAGCUCAUGCCGACGAGCAGAGCCUCGGGCGGUACGAACGUGAACAACAACGGUGGUCUUCAAGUCGGAAUAGCCGACGAUCAGGCGAAGGAUUUCGAUUUCGAGAAGACCGAAAUGAAGUACGAUUCAACGGGUAUGUUCCACUGGAGCCCAUCCCGUAACCUCGAAGACUGCAUAUUGGAUCGUAAUCAGGCGGCGAUGACGGUCCUGAACGGACAUGUUGUCGUAUGCCUAUUCGCCGAUCCCGACUCGCCUCUCAUCGGACUGAGAAACCUUGUCAUGCCAUUACGAGCUUCCAAUUUUCAUUACCACGAGCUUAAACACGUAGUAAUAGUUGGGUCUGUGGAUUACAUCCGCCGCGAGUGGAAAAUGUUGCAGAAUCUACCGAAGAUAUCGGUGUUAAACGGUUCACCAUUAAGCAGAGCAGAUCUGCGUGCCGUUAACGUGAAUUUGUGCGACAUGUGUUGUAUCCUGUCGGCUAAAGUGCCUAGCAACGAUGACCCCACCCUCGCCGACAAGGAAGCCAUCCUCGCGUCCCUUAAUAUCAAAGCUAUGACUUUCGACGACACCAUUGGUGUGCUGAGCCAAGCAAAUAAUGAACAAGGUAAUUUGACCGCAGUUGGCAGCCCAAUCGUUUUGCAGCGACGAGGAUCCGUUUAUGGAGCAAACGUGCCAAUGAUAACAGAACUCGUAAACGAUAGCAAUGUGCAGUUCCUUGACCAGGACGACGACGAUGAUCCGGACACAGAACUGUACCUUACCCAACCGUUUGCUUGCGGUACUGCCUUUGCCGUCAGCGUAUUAGAUUCAUUAAUGUCGACGACGUAUUUCAAUCAGAACGCGCUGACUUUAAUUCGAUCUCUAAUCACUGGUGGAGCAACGCCUGAGUUAGAAUUAAUUCUUGCUGAAGGAGCAGGUUUACGAGGAGGUUAUAGCACACCUGAUAGUUUGGCCAAUAGAGAUCGAUGUCGAGUUGGUCAAAUCGCGUUAUACGACGGGCCAUUAGCCCAAUAUGGCGAAGGAGGCAAGUACGGUGACCUCUUUGUCGCAGCAUUAAAGUCAUAUGGAAUGCUGUGCAUUGGUCUGUACAGGUACAGGUUUCGAGAUACAAGCUCAUCGUGCGAUGCUUCUUCUAAAAGAUACGUCAUUACAAAUCCUCCAGAUGAUUUCACGUUAUUGCCUACAGAUCAGGUUUUCGUGCUGAUGCAAUUUGACCCAGGUCUGGAAUAUAAGCCGAGCAGAGGAGCUCGGGGAAAGGAUGACGCCUCCUGACUGUUGCUGUGUAGCGCCCUCACCGACGGACCUUAUUCCUAUAUCUAAUCACGCAAAGGAAACCAUCAUGCCGCCCGUCGUCCCUACCAACUAGUCUAGGUUAGCUGGCAUUAUGGUACGAUGCCCUCAACGAAUAAUUAUCGCAAACCCCGUCCAUAGAAACGUAUCAUCAACACGUCCGUUUUUCCCGCUGGUUACAUGGUGUGUCACCGGUGAAAAUUUCGUCAAUACAACUGAUUCGGUUUUCCUCUAGUGUGUCCAACAGAUUUCUCUGUUCUUUGCUAUUUAUCGCUGCGUGAUUUAUUUUCACAUCGUGUUCGAACAUUUUUUACGUUGAGGCUUGUUUGUGAUAACGAGUAGAAGAAGGUAAAAAAAAAAAAAAUAAAGUAGAAAAAGGAAAAAAAAGCAUCGUGACAAAUGUGAAGAAAGAAGGAAGAAGAAGAAGAAAAGAAGGAAUAAUCUGCAAGAGAAAGAAAGAAAUAUAGAAACGACAAAAGGGAUACCGGGAUGCGGUAUGAUGAAAAACGGUCCGAGGGUAGCUACACGUUAAGCUUUCUAAAUCUUCGUAAGACGAGGAAAUAAUAACGUCUUCGAUGAAAGGCCAAAUAAGGACUGAACGGGCUUAUAUCUGAAGCGUAAAACGGCUGUGCAAAUCCCACGCCCCUUUAUGCAUUCAGCAAUAUACAGAAGUACAGGAAGAAAACAGAAAAAGAAAAAAAAAUAAUACUUAAAACAAUGCGAAGCAAAACAGCUUAACUAAUAAAAAUGCUUGAGAACAUCUUCAAGGCUGAUCGCUAAGGAAUUGUAAUCGCCUUCGCGACUUAACGUAUACCAUCGCUGUAGCUCAUUCAGGAUAUGUAAAUAGGUACAGAACAGGUGAAUAUGUUGUCAUUUGACAGUAAACUAUAAGCGAAAAUGCGGAACGAGGAGGAAAGAGGAAGAAAUAGGAGGAUAUACGAUUAUUGAUUGAGAUAUAAAUCGCACUGACAGGAACCACCGUUUUGGUCCUUUCAUUGUAAAUGCAUUGUUCACUUUGCAAAGACAGUCGUGUGUUCGUCUCCUGUAUCGUGAUUUUGUAUCUUGCCUUGUCAGCAAAUGGAAAUAUGUAUACAUAUAUGUACAUGUAUCUGUAUAUGCGUAUGUACGUAGGUGAUUCGUGCAACUAGAGCAGACCACAGCUUUUAUCCUGAAAAUGAAAGCUUACAAGAAGUAUGAUAUAUGAUUUAGCAUAUUUGCAAUUUUAUCAUUGUAUAUCUAAUUUUAUUAUGAUUAUGUACACUUCUCUAUGUUCUUCUGUUCUCUUCUUGAUUUAUAAAUACAGAAAUAUUGAAAUAAAUAGUUUAUAUAACACUCUGUGAUCAGUGUGCAAAUCCACUGAUAAAGAUAUUUAUAUUAUUGAAUGUAAUACGUGAUUUUUAAAUGUGAUUUGCAACUUUUUUUGUAACUACAUACAUAUUAUGCAAUAAAAAGUUGACAUCAUAUUUAAUUAUAUAAAUCUAUACCAGAAAAAUAAAAUAUUUAGCACGGUUAUGUAUAUACACAUAUGUUAUUUCUCUAAAUGGGCUUGUAAAAUAUUAAUCUUCUUAUUCCAUUAUUGCAGCAUUUUUACACAAAUAAUGAGAAAGGAUUAACGAUAAUAUACAAAGCACUAUAUUUUCUAUUUGCAUUUAACAAAACAAAUAUAAGUAAAUAUUAUAGAUAGACGUCACGAUAUUUCUAAAAGAAACGAAUAAUUAAUUUAACGCGUUUAUUUACCAAUUAUGUAUGUAUGAUAUAUUUUUUAUUUCAAUUUUUAUGCAAUCAAGAAAAAGGUUAUAGUCUGUUAUACAUGCAACAAUCACCUCGUAUGCUUAGUUUUAGAUGAAACAAUUUGCAAAUGAUAUGUGCAGCGUUACAAAAGAUAGGUACGAACAGGAGUGCAGGACUAUAUGUAAACUUUACCUUGAGUGUCUUCUUUUGCGGCUAAUGAUAAAAAAAUCUCAAUCAAGCACUUUGUACAGAUUCUAUACAUAAACGUGUAUGCAUCUAUGGAUGUAUGUACGUAUGUAGGUACGUACGUAUGUAUGUAUGUAUGUAUGAAUUUAUGCACGUACGUGCGUAUGUAUGUAUCUACGUAUGUAUGUAUACAUGAUGCAUGAAUGUAUAAUACAUCUAUGCAUGUAUAUGUGUAUAUAAUUGUAUACAUAUGCGCGUAUCUAUGCACGCGUGUAUACGCGUUUAUUUAUACGUGCGUAUAUGUAUGCAUGUGACGCGUGUGUGUUUGUGUGUAGAUAUGCAUGUAUGUAUACGCGUGUAUGCAUGCACGUGUGUAUGUAUAUAUAUAUAUGUAUGUAUGUAUAUGUGUGAAUAUAUAUAAUAAUUACGAUAAAAAAAAAAACACCUUUUCCACACAAAUUGAGUAUUAAUCGACUAUGUAUCGAUACGACUAAAUAUACAUUAUAAGUAUAUAUGCACAUAUAUAUGUAUACAUAGACACUCUCUUUUAUAUAUUUUUAUGAAACUCACGAGUGUGUACAUACGAACGUACAUAUGUGUACAUACAUCCAUAUACGUAUACACGUAUGUAUGUAUGUAUAUAUGUCUGUAUGCAUGUAUAUGUAUAUAUAUGUAUGUAUGUAAAAAAAAAAAACAAACAAACGGAUCAAAUAAGAUAUAUACAUACAUAAAAAAAAAAAAAGAAUAAGAAAUACACAGAUACACCUAUACACAAAUACUUCUUCCUUGCUCUUUCCCCCGCUCCGCCCCAACCCCCUUUUUUCUGUCACUUGUAACAUGACUGAAACACGCACACGUAAUGAUAUAACAUACGAGAGAGAAAAAAAAAAAUACGUACGAGUGCAUGUAACAUGGUAACACAAUCACACACGGUAUGGAUCCACAGAUACAGAUGCAUUGCAAGGCCAUACACGCGUGCACACGCGCGCAUCCUCUCUUUCUUAUACAGCGCAUAGACACACACACGCACGCACACACGCGCACACACACACACACACACACACAUGCACACACGAUAGGAAAAAAAAAGUGAUAUUACAUCGACGAAAUGCGUGAGAAGAAAGAAGAAGAACGGGGGGAGAGAAAAAAAAAAGGAAACCAGGGGAAACGAUUCGCGCGUGCGGAAGCAAAGUAAACACGGGGAGUGUAAAGGAAAUGGAAAUAGUAUCGUGUGAUCCGACCAAUAUGAUAUACGUUGAAAAAAAAAAGCAUCGGUUUUUGUGCUCGAUCGUUGAAAUUCAGACUAACUUACGGGAUAAUAAAAGGGAAAAAAAAAAAAAAAAAAAAAUGUGCAAAUGGAACGCAGCGGAUCGAUAUUAACGGGGAGAAAAGAGAAUACAAAAAAAGUAGCUGUGGUAGACGCUGCCGUGUAUCGCGAUUACGAGUCGCCGCCGCCACCGCCAUUGCUACUGUUUGCAAUAUAUCCAUAUGCACUAUUCACUGCCACUGCAGUUCGUGUUAUAUCGUUGUAUAUAACUUUCUAUGUAUGGCUCGAUUAAGGCGAGAAGGGCCGGUGAGGCGUGCGAAUCGGAUAGCUUGAUGAAUAGUAAAAAAAAGGAAAAAAAAAAAAAGAAAAAAGAAUUAUAAUAACUAAACAAUGUGCAGCAUCAGCCGCAAUAAGUGUCAUUCGUUGCUCCUGAUUUCCAAGUAUUUUUUCAUUUUUUUUUUUCUUUCUAUUUUUGAUUUUUCGUUACACUACUUUGUAUCGAUUCGCGAUACAAAGAGAACGCCGGUCGAUCUCUCUCUGUUUUUUAAACCAAUAUCAAAAUCGAUAUUUAAAUGCGCUCCUUUUAUCGAUUGCGAAUGUAAUGUUACGAUGACGAUAAAAAUGAACGAUUGUUAAUGAGUCGCUUUCGGCUUUCUUAUUCUUCUCGUAUCGAUCGGACAAUAGCAAACGAAGAUCUAGUUUUAUUUCGAGUCUAUUGAUUAUCAAUUUGUCUUACAUAAUUAUAAAAUUUCAAAUGCUACACAUUUUCUUUGUGCUCGUAUCGAGACAUGAUAUUCGUUUAUCGCGAUAAAGUUGAAAUUAUCGAAAAUAUAUUGUAGUAAAUUUGAGAAAUUAAUGGAGAAUAGAUAAAGCUGAAAGUGAGUCACAAUUAGCUAGCUGAAAAGCGAACGAAAAUUCUCUUAUGUGUUACUGUUAUCCUCCUCACUAUAUGAACAGUGCUAUUCUUUUUCUCUUUUCCAAACUGACCACUUUGCAUCGGACUUCGAGGAAUCUUUUAAACAAUGGGAACCGUAACAAUGAACGAUCAUAAUUGUAAAUGAACUCUUUCUAUUUCCUCAUCGGCAAUUUCACGAUGAAAAUUUCAUAAAAGAAGAAAA